CGAUUGAGAUUUUGUCCAAAUCCAUGCGUCAUAAUACGAUGUUGAGGAGUUUCCCAGCUCGUUUUAGUGCUUUUCCUUUUUUACAGUCGCAGUCUAUCCUGACCAAUUAUCUGCAUCUAAUGUCGAGUAGUAGGCUCUGCUUGGUGGUUCCGGAUUUUCUGUAUCUGGUUUUAUUCUGCGCAUAUGCGGAUUGGUUUUACGUUGAGUGUGCUGCUCUGAUCGGACGAACUUUCAUCAAUUGCUGCGGAAACUACAUGACUUCCAAAGAGUGGGGCCUGUGGUGUUGCUGUGGGCUAUCCUCUUGACACGAUCAAGGUGAGGAUACAAACUCAGAAGCAGUUUACUGGAAUAUGGCAGUGUUUCAUGACCACGUUAUCUAAAGAAGGGGUCCAUGGCUUUUUCAAAGGGAUGUUCCUGCCUGUUACCACGGUUUCCAUGACUUCCUCUGUGGUGUUUGGAACAUACCGGAACUGUCGUCAGUGUCUCUGUCAGUUGAGGGGAGGACCAGGAACCCCAAACACCAAACUAGAAAUCUUCCUCUCUGGCCUAGCCGGGGGUGUGGCUACUGUGACAGUGAUGUCACCAGGUGACAUAGUGAAGGUUAGGCUACAGUGUCAGACCGAGUCAAUGCGAACCAGGAAAGGAGCCAAUCUGCCCAAACCCAAGUAUCGUGGCCCCGUCCACUGUCUGCUGACCAUCGUCAGAGAGGACGGGUUGCUGGGGCUCUACAAGGGGGCACUACCUCUCAUUCUGAGGGACGGACCAUCCUACGCCACCUACUUCCUGACUUACAGCGUGCUCUGUGAUUGGUUCACCCCAGCCGGGAGGAAAGGACCAGUUGUGUUUCCAGAGUGGACAGGGGUGAUGCUGGCAGGUGGGCUGGCCGGUAUGGCCGGCUGGACAUUGGGUACUCCCAUGGAUGUGAUAAAGGCCCGUCUACAGAUGGACGGAGCCAGGGAUGUCAAGAGAUAUACAGGCUUCAUCCACUGCAUCAUGGAGACGGUCAGGGUGGAGGGCUCGGGGGUGUUCUUCAAGAGCCUGGGGAUCAACUGCCUGCGUGCUUUCCCUGUCAAUAUGGUAGUGUUCGCUACCUACGAGCUGCUGGUUGGGUUUCUCAGAACGCCAGACUCUGAUGCUACCAGACCGGCCUCACUGGGGUUUGAGUAAGCAUUAGCUACACCGAAGAUGCUGUAGCUGCGUUUGCACUCGGUCUCUCUGGCACAAGUCAGUCAUUCAGAGCCACGCUGUUGUUAAUUGGCUGGGAAAUUAUAAAUACCAGUACCAUUGAGAUACAAUUAACCGCAUGAUUGACUCAAAUGUUUUCCCGCCAAUUUUCCUUACUAUAAAGGCAAAAAGCAGCUAUUUUUUCCUGACUUUCCACCACCAAAGCAGAGAAAGAUAAUAAUCAUUUUAGGCAAGCUGCUCUCUGGUGAUAGCAACUCGUCAGCUGAACACAAAGGGAUUAAUGCAAGUCCAGCACCUGGAGCUUUCCGUUGAGCUAUUUAGUUUAGGCCCUUUUCUGUCUGAACCAGAUAUUGUAUUUACAAUAUGUAGCAUUUUAGCAAUGAGCUGCGAAGCACAUAUUUGAAACAUUGGUUGUUCAGAUCCAAAGGGGAGCUGGUGCUAAUGGGUUGGCAUGGCUACGUACAACAAAGACAAGACAAAAUAACAGGGAAAAAUUGACAUGUUGGUGUUAAAAGUAGAAUCUGCAGUACUUGUUUUUUUUUAAAUCCAAGGAUGUAGGAGUAGAAGUUACAGUAUAAUGUGCCAGACCAAUUUUUAUCAUAAUACAUGGAGUUUAUACCCUAAUAGUGGAAUACCAGAUUGAUUUUGCUAGUCUUAAAACAUGACUGCAAAAGUCAAACAUAUAAUCGUGCAUGUCACUUGCUGCAGAGAGUAAGCAAGUGAGUAAAAAUCUGACCUAACAAAGUCAAUAUUCAUUGGCUUUGUCAUUGUGUGCCCACCACGGUCCAUUUCGGGCUUAGUGACUGCAGUGUGCUACCUUCCAUUGUCUAAGCGGUAGCAUAGCUAGCACGAAGGGAAUCGGUGGGUGUUAUUCGAAGACAUUCGUUGCUUUAUUUAUUGCCAUUGAUAUGAGCAUAAUGUAUAUUGCUGUUGACACCCAUUCAACAUAGUGUGAAACACUCAUGGAAAUAAUGGCCAAAACGUAUGCUAAUUUAUCUAGCGGUCAAUGAGGAGAGCUUGAAACAUGUAUUGCAAUCUAUCUCAGGUGGUUAAUAUACCCCCAUUAUAUUUCCACAGUUUGUAAGUUUUGUUUACCUCUUUACAACGUGGAUGAUAGUCGUGUGUCAAUAUGACUCAUCUGUGUUGAUGUUCUUGUUUUCUGUGUAUUACUCAGGUAUUGUGUUAUGACCAUGGUGUGAACAUAGACAUUGAUAAAUGAUCUGUCUAUAUGGCUGUGGCCAGUGGUGUAAUGGAAGAUAAACACAACCAUUUUUUUUUUUUUAACCUUUUGUGGAAAAAUUCAUUGGAAGUUUAGGGAGCUUUUCUAAUUAGCACCACAACCGGUCACUGCAGUUCCACUACAUCACUGGCUGUGACAGAGAAAUUAUGUACUCUGACCUCAUCAUGCAGUAUUGUUGCAAUAUUGCAUCUUUAGUAGAAUACUGAGAUGAGGUUACUGAAGAUGCUUAUAUAUAUAUACUAGCCAUCCAUUUUACUUUUAUCCACUAAAGUGAAGUUGGUCACUGAGAAUGUUUUACUGUUCGUGUUCCUGUUAAAUACAGCAUAGAAUGUAUUUGAGAUAGUAAUGCUGAAACUUUAGGUUUUACAUUUUAAUUUGGGAAGUGUAUUAUAACCUGAAUGUGUAUAAAUUGAACCAACUCAAUCAACUGCUGGAUAUGCUCACUCUAUUAAAGGAAGAUUAUAACACAGCAACCUGUGUAAUAAGCUGAAA